UUUGCUUAACUGCCCAGAGUCUUGUGGGGCCAGCCAGACACUACUCCAGAUGGCAAGUUGUUAGGGCUGGACAGAAUGGCUUUGGAAGACUUCUCAACAGAUGAAGGCUGUAAUGUCCAGAUUUUACUGUUUUGUUUUUUUUUUUCUCCCCGUAGUUCCCAGGGUGGGAAGGUACUGGGAUGGAAGCAGAGUUCCGCCCGCCCGCCCACCUGCUACCACCUGUUUAGCUUUUGCAGUUUCUAUAAAGCCUCAUCUUGUCUGUAAGACACAAUCAUUGCUUGCCGGCAGGAGUCAAGAAAGGAGAGAUUUCUGUUACGAAACUAUGCCUUCAUAUUGCAACAGCUCAUCAUUUCAAAAUACUCUCCUAAUCUGAAUCAGAACUUCUUUCAUUUGAAAUGGUCUUUUGGAGUUGACGUGUUUUUAAUCCAUAAAGAUCCUUUUUGGAUGAAAUGGACCAUUUUCUUCAGUAACAUACAUUUUGAGAAUGGAGAUUUCAUUGUUUUUGAUCUCUUUGAGUUUCAAGAAAUUAAAAUAAUGAAAGCAUAAGACAUUAAAAAACUCUGGCUUCUUAUUUUUUAAAGAAAGAAUAAAUUUCCAGACAUUUCCAGAAGGACCAGAAGACCUUUUAUUUUAUUAUUAUUUUUCUAGAUGCUAAGAAAAAUAUCACAUCACUGAUACCUGGAAACAGAUUCAAGAGGUGUGCAGGCCACUCACAUGAGUGCUUUUCCUACCACUUUUUAGAUACCUAAUUUUUAAAGAGUCGUCUUUGUGUGUGUGAAACUGAAGCUGCAUCAAAUAUGAAAACCUGUAAAUCUAGUCGUUUGGAUUCAGGCGUAGAAUCAGACAUCCAGUGCAGGAGUGGACCAGGCUGUGUUGUGAAAUGCAGUUCAGAAAGGAUGGAGAAUGCUGCUAAGCGAAGACUGGCUGCCAAUGCCAGGGAGAGAAGACGGAUGCAAGGACUGAACACAGCCUUUGAUCGUUUGAGAAAGGUGGUUCCACAGUGGGGUCAAGAUAAGAAGCUGUCCAAGUACGAGACCCUUCAGAUGGCUUUGAGUUAUAUCAUGGCUCUCACCAGAAUACUUGCCGAAGCAGAAAGAUACAGUACUGAACGAGAAUGGAUUAGCCUUCACUGUGAACACUUUCAUCCGGAGACCUACCAUCAUUACGCAGGACAAAAAAUGGCAACGGAGGGUGAUCCUUACGCACAGCGAAUAUUCAGCUAUCACCCCGAACACUUUCAAAUAGCCAAUUAGAACUUUUUACGAACUAAGAAUAUGCAGCAGGCCAGAUGUGUAAUUUAAAAAUUAGCAAGAAUAAAUCUGCUCGAAUAAGGUAAUAUUGGCAUUAUAAUAGCUCAUUCUUGUUUGCAUCUUAUACUAAUUUGACA